UUUUGUUUAUUCCUUCUUAGCAAUCUUUUCUUAUUCUUCUUCUUCAACACCAACAACAAGUUCACCAGACCUUAGUUUAUCCACGAGAUGAUGCAGUCAGGACUAGACUUAGGGGUGCAACCCGGUGCAGGAGUAGUUCCGGAUAUGGAUGAAGGGGAUCGGAAAACCAACCUAAUUGUAAACUAUCUUCCUCAGACUAUGACACAAGUGGAGGAAAUACGGUCUCUGUUCUCUAGUAUUGGAGAGGUAGAAAGUUGUAAACUUAUCCGGGAUAAGGUUACAGGUCAAAGCCUAGGCUACGGUUUUGUAAACUACCAUCGUCAGGAAGAUGCCACGAAAGCAAUACAAACCUUAAAUGGUCUUCGACUACAGAAUAAGACGAUUAAGGUUUCAUAUGCUCGACCAAGUAGUGAGGCUAUCAAAGGUGCAAACCUGUACGUAUCUGGACUACCUAAGCACAUGGCUCAGCCAGCUGAUCUGGAGAGGUUAUUUUCUUCCUGUGGAAAUAUCAUUACCAGUCGGAUCCUCUGUGACAACAUUACAGGGCUGUCCAAAGGUGUUGGAUUCAUUCGUUUUGAUCAGAGGGUAGAGGCUGAACGUGCAAUUCAGAAGUUAAACGGAACCGUACCCGAGGGAGCUACUGAACCCAUUACUGUUAAGUUUGCAAAUAACCCUAGCAACAACGCAAAGGUAAAUGAGGAUUUCUCGAUAAACCAAUUGUUUUGUCAGGCUCUCCCUCCCCUUGCCGCAUAUCUUGCACCCCAGGCCGCCAGGCGUGCACUGGGGGCCGCGCUCCAUCCUGCCAGCAGGUUCAGCCCUUAUGGUUUACCGGGUGGUUUGCCCCUAGAACUAAGCCUUAAAGAAGGUCCUGGAAAGGCUGUUUUUGCAACGAAGACUGUCCCAAGAUAUUCUCCACUAGCUGGCGAACUUCUUGCUGGGAACUCAUUGCUGCCAGGUAUGACUGCAUCUAAUGGAUCGGGCUGGUGUAUAUUUGUUUACAAUCUGGCUCCGGAAACUGAAGAGAAUAUUCUCUGGCAGCUGUUUGGACCCUUUGGAGCUGUACAGAAUGUCAAGGUUAUUCGUGACCUGCAGACCAACAAGUGCAAAGGGUUUGGGUUCGUCACAAUGACGAACUACGAGGAAGCUCUUGUAGCAAUCCAGUCCUUGAACGGAUACACCCUUGGUAACAGGGUUCUACAGGUUUCCUUUAAGACCAACAACAGGAAAGCAUAGACUGUAUGGAGCCUGGAAUAUAAAUUUAGAAGAUCAACUUAAGUCAUGAAACCGAGAUCAACUCAAGUCAUGAAACCAAGUCUAGUCAGAAGCGGUCGAAUUCCGCGCUCACCCUUAUGUUUUUCUCUUUCUCUCUUUCUCUCUCACUCUUACUGUAUUUUUGUGAAUUUCCCCGUUAUUUAAUGUUAAAACAGUUUUAAUGCGGAUUUUACGCAAACAAAGAUGACCUUCAGUCCGUUGAUUGAUUGAUUGUUGGAGUUUUUAAUCCGCUACACUUGAUCUCUACGUUAUUAUUGUCGUUUAAUUGUGAUGAGACAUUUUAAAUAGAAUUUAAAUAUUUUCAAGUAUUUGUCUCAUCACGGUAUUUAAUUAUAGAAUAUUAGAAUCUAUGUUUAUCUAGUCACGGCUCUGAAAGCGGCAACUUUUAAGGUUUAAAAACGAAUAUAUAUAUUCCUAAAUACAAAAUUUCACAACUAAAAUACUUUGAAAUUUGUAAACAUGACGAAAAACAGGUUCCUAUAUUGUGUACAACGUUGUACACCGCAUUUAAGUUGCCGCACAUUCUUAGCCCAGUCUGGGUUCCUUAAAUACUCAAUUUAUCACAUAAUUAUAAAUAUUAAUCUUAGAAUUAAUUUGAUCGGGAGACAUUUGUGAGCUCCCCAUUUUUCUUAUUUCUUGUAUCACUUGCGUGUUAUAUUUAAAUUUGCCUAGUUUUCUUGCUUUUAGGAAUUAGAUCAGCUUUAAAGGUUCAAAAUCAUUCCAAAAUGGCGGACAGGAGAAUCGGUUUUCCUGCCAGCAAGCUAACCACACAAACCCUCCGACCCGUUUCCCUGUUUACACUUGUAAUUACGCGGGAAAUUGGUUGGAAGAUUUGUGAUUCAAGUUUGGGAUAAACGCCAUAUCUUCCAGUGUUUGAGGAUUUCAAGCACAAUCACUGCUGUGAUGUGACCAGAUCAAAAUAUUGGAAAUUCUCCUUUUUUUGGGAGAUUUUAAUCAUUUUGAUCUCAUAGUGCUGUAGAUCUUAGAUGAGUCCGUUUUAGAGUUUCCAAAGGAUCAUAUAGAAGACGGACUCAAGUGUCUAUGACACUGUGUUUUAAUAUCGUAAAGGCCAAAUCUCUACCUAGCAACUGCAGGUCGAAUAAAUGUAAAAAAAACCUAACUUUGUGAAGAAUUUAGAUCGGAAAGCGGCGUGGGGAGAAUUAAGCACAAAUAUAUAGAAUAUCAGAGAAAUCAUAUUACAAUUUUUUUCUGUUCUUUUUAAAAAACGUUUCCUUGUGAAACACUGAACCUACCGUCUUCUCCCGCUUCUCCGAUCUACUUUCUGAGUUCUAUUUUUGUACCAGAACACAGCAAUGAAACUCGAACAUGAUAAAAAGAAAGGAAUUCCUGACAUUCAAAUCUUUCAUUUAAAAAAAAGAUUAUUUAAAUCAUCGAAAAUGCCGAAAAUAUAUGUUUAGCAUAUUCUUUCAAAAAUCUAUGCACAUGUACAUAUAAAAAGUAUAAAAAACUGGACAGCGUGAUAUAUCUAGUUAAACUAGAGUCUCUAGCUGUAUGUACGGUACAUGAAAAGUUGAAUUGAAAGAUUUGAACGGCGGGGAGUUCUACAGAAAAUUGGAUUUAAGUACUCUUGCAUCUUGUGCAGUGAUUUGGUUUUUUAUUCGUCAGUUAAGCUUAUAACCACAGUCUUAUAUUUGAGUUCUAAAAAAUAAGAUUUCCUAAUUGACAUAUUUCAGUUCUCAAAUGUCUAAGCUGUGCCCCCUUUUUAGACACACAUGUUGACUUUAGAUGGAUGUAUUAUCUAAGACUUUUCACAGUUUUCACAGUAAAAAUUAAAACUGCUUAUAGUUCGAUGGUGUUCACAUCAAGCACUAUUAAACCAAACCAAACAAUUCAUUUUGGCGCCAAAACAGUGUACACCGAAUAUUUAGCAAAAACGCCGACUUAAUUAAUAAAAUUCAAUAUGGCAGAAUUUAAGGCUUAGAUGUGAACCCGAUCCUUUUGAUUUUACGUAUUUAUUCUUUCUCUUCAAUUCGUUUUAAUAUUGUUUAAAAUUCCAAGAAAACAAAAUAAAAAUUGCAAAAGUUU